CCUCCACUUCUCAUCUUCAGGUGUAGUACUACAACAGAACCACGAAACAUCUGCUUUCGUGGCAUCUUAUAGACCAUGUCACUCAACACAACAUAUAACAUGUACAUUAUGACAACAAGUUAUCAACAUAUGUAUCCUUGUUCUACAUAUUCUAAUUAACAAUAGUAGCUAGCUAGUUAAUUAUAUUCUACUUAGAGCAAUGGUUCUGUCAACAUUGCUGAGAUUUAUCUACCCACCGCCAGCAUCGUGGUUCAUAACCGCCAUGACAGUAAUCAAUGGUGCAUCAUUAGUAAAUGCUGGACUGAUGGAAAUUAAAGGGAAGAGCAUGCAGUACUCCAAGUUUUUCAACACCAACAAGAAGAAUGUCGAAGCUUCUGGUGCUAAGAUAAUCGAGCUUUCUGGUAGAAAUGGAAUGCUGGUCGCUUAUGGACCAGCUUUCGUUGCUAGUGUAACCUCUUUAGCCUUUAUGCCAAAUGAGGGCCUUAGGUUCACUUUGGUUUCUUCUGCUCUUGCCGUCCAUUUCUUCAAAAGGCUUUUUGAGGUUUUAUUCAUUCACAAAUACAGUGGAAGCAUGCCAAUAGACAGCGCAAUUGUCAUCUCCACAAGCUAUUUUCUUUCUUCACUCUGCACAAUCUACUCUCAGCAUUUGUGUGGACAAUUUCCCGAACCAGUAGUUGAUCUGAAAUACGCUGGAAUCACAAUUUUCUUAGUUGGCAUUGUCGGAAAUUUUUAUCACCACUACCUCCUGUCUAAGCUAAGAAAAGAGGGCGACAAAGAGUACAAGAUUCCUCAAGGAGGUUUAUUUGAUCUAGUUAUAUGCCCGCAUUAUUUAUUUGAAAUUCUAGGAUUCAUAGGAAUCUCCUGCAUGUCACAAACUGUAUAUGCGCUAUCUUUCACUGCUGGUACAAUUGGUUACUUGACGGGAAGAAGCUAUGCCACAAGAAGAUGGUACCUCUCAAAGUUUGAAGACUUCCCGAAAGAUGUAAAGGCUCUCAUUCCAUAUAUUUUCUAGAUUACCAGAGAGAUGAAUAUAUAGUUAUACCAGAAUGUAACUUCUGAAUUGUUAAUGAUGUAUUAUUGGGAGGUAUGAACACUGAUAUUUUAAA